UAGUUCAGGACAGAAACAGACACACCACGUAGGCGAAUGGCGCGACUCUCCUGAGCACUGGAGCAACAUCUUCUACUGCCCCCGGGUCAUGUCUGUCUAUUCUGAACUCUGCCAUAGAUGUUAAGAGUGGGAUGAUAAUGCAACUCUGUGGGUCCUGAGCUGAAACUCUGUAGCUGCUGCUGAAGUCUUGCUAUCACUUUAGCUCUCACUCAGAGCUCUACCUGAAUCUUACCUCUUGAGGUUACCCGAGUCCACCCACCUCAAAAUACCACCCCAUGAGGCACUAAGGAGAGCCAUUCUGGUUACCAUAUCUGGUCAUGGCUCCUCUUCUACUCUUCCACCUCCUCCUCCUUCUCCUUCACUCUCCACAGGUUUGUGCGGGUGAAGGUACUCAAAAGAACAGCAACAGUAGUGCAGAUGGCACCAAAAGAUCCUGUUCUGAGAAAGUCAAAUGUCAACCAGGGAUUUUACUACCUGUGUGGUUGCCGCAUGACCCCUCACUGGCAAUGCAGGCACUAAGAGCAGUGAUCUACUUUGCAUUUCUUCUCUACAUGUUCCUGGGUGUGUCCAUCAUUGCUGAUCGCUUCAUGGCUGCCAUCGAGGUCAUCACCUCACAGGAGAAGGAGGUUACUGUUACAGGUGCAAAUGGGGAAAAGACAGUCAUGAAAAUAAGAAUCUGGAAUGAAACUAUCUCCAACCUCACUCUGAUGGCUCUGGGUUCAUCAGCCCCUGAGAUCCUGCUGUCAAUAAUAGAGGUUUGUGGACAUGGCUUUGAGUCAGGAGAACUGGGUCCCGGCACCAUAGUCGGCAGUGCAGCAUUUAACAUGUUUGUGAUAAUCGGAGUGUGUGUGUGGGUGAUACCUGAUGGAGAGGUGAGGAAGAUUAAACAUCUCAGAGUCUUCUUUAUUACUGCAUUCUGGAGCAUCUUCGCUUAUAUCUGGCUCUACCUCAUCAUUGCAGUCAUAAGCCCUGGCAUUGUACAGGUCUGGGAGGCUCUGGUCACUCUUUUCUACUUUCCUGUGUGUGUGAUAAUGGCCUGGAUUGCUGACCGGCGCCUGCUCUUUUACAAGUACUUGCACAAGCGUUACCGUGCCAAUAAACAUCAUGGUAUCAUUGUGGAGAUGGAGGGUGACCUAGCACCCAGAGGCAUUGAUGUCAUCAUGGGAGAAAAAUAUCAAAACCGCACCACUAGUGUCAAUAUGGAGAAAAUCAAAGAACCCGAACAGGAUAGAGAAGAGGUGAUCCGCAUGCUUAAAGAACUGAGAGAGAAGCAUCCAGAUAAAGACCUGGAUCAGCUGAUUGAGAUGGCAAACUACACCACCAUGAAGAAACAGCAUAAGAGCCGGGCCUUUUACCGGGUGCAGGCAACACGCAUGAUGAUCGGUGCAGGCAACGUACUAAAGAAACAUGCAGCAGCUGAACAGGCAAAACGAGCAGCUGGAGAUUCAGCUGAGAAUGACCUGGCCACCUGUUCUCACAUCAUUUUUGAGCAAGCACAGUAUCAGUGCAGUGAGAACUGUGGGAGCAUCAGUUUAUGGGUCUGCUUACAGGGGGGAACCGGCACCAGAACCUUCCACGUCGAUUACAGGACAGAGAAUGGGUCAGCCAGUUCUGGGGAAGAUUAUGAGUAUUGUGAGGGAACGAUCGUAUUUCAGCCUGGAGAGACACGCAAAGAAAUAAAGGUAGGCAUUAUUGAUGAUGAUGUGUUUGAGGAAGAUGAACACUUCUUUGUGCGUCUCUCAAACCUGAGAGAGUGUGAGGACGGGACCAACACUGAUGGUGCCCGACUGGUUGAACCCUUCGUAACCACCAUAACUAUUUUGGAUGAUGACCAUGCGGGAGUCUUCGCAUUUAGUCAGCGGGAGCUCUGCGUGGGUGAAUGUUCAGGUGUGGUAGAGGUGCCUGUGAACCGGACAUCAGGUGUGCGUGGGACUGUGAUGAUUCCAUAUCACACAGAGGACGGUUCUGCGCGUCAAGGUGUUGACUAUGAACACACACAAGGAGAGCUAGAAUUUACAAAUGAGCAGACUAGGAAGGCACUACAGGUGCGCAUCAUAAACAUGCAGGAAUAUGAGAAGCAAGAAAAUUUCUACGUUGUCCUUGAAGAACCCAAAUGGCUCAAGAGAGGCAUCUCAGCCACCCCUGGUCCGGAAGUGGAGGAGGCCAGACAUAUAGCAGAGAAAGGAAAGCCCAUACUGGGAGAACACAGCAAGUUAGAGGUUAUUAUAGAGGAGAGCAUGGCUUUCAAGGUCCGACAAGGAAUGGCCCCUAAUGGAGUCUUAGAUGCGGUAGUAGACCACUUGCCUCAGUGUGAAAAUACAGUAGACCGCCUAUUGAAGGAUACCAAUCUUGCUGACGUAAUUGGCACACACUCCUGGAGAGAACAGUUCAUUGAGGCUGUAACAGUGAGUGCAGGAGAAGGUGAUGAGGAAGGAGGGGAGCCACGGCAACCAUCGUGCUGUGAUUAUUUAAUGCACGCGGUUACAGUGUUCUGGAAGAUUCUGUUUGCAUUCAUUCCACCCACAGAAUACUGGAAUGGUUGGGUUUGCUUUGUUGUGUCCAUUCUGGCCAUUGGGCUGCUAACCGCCGUCAUUGGAGAUUUGGCAUCUCAUUUCGGCUGCACGGUGGGCCUCCGUGACACAGUCACUGCUGUAGUGUUCGUUGCCUUAGGAACCUCCAUACCAGAUACAUUUGCAAGUAAGGUCGCUGCUACACAGGAUCAGUAUGCAGAUGCUUCGGUUGGAAAUGUAACUGGUAGCAACUCUGUUAAUGUUUUCCUGGGGAUUGGUGUGGCCUGGUCCAUUUCAGCCAUUUACUGGGAGGUCAAAGGUCAGGUGUUUCAUGUAGAGCCCGGCUCACUUGCAUUCUCUGUCACACUCUUCACCAUCUUCGCCUUCAUCAACAUCGGCGUGCUCAUGCUACGACGGCGGCCAUCGGUGGGCGGAGAGCUGGGCGGGCCCAAAACGAUAAAGGUUCUGACUUCACUGUUGUUCCUCAGUUUGUGGUUUCUCUACAUCACAUUCUCCAGCCUAGAGGCCUACUGUCACAUCACCGGCUUCUGAGGAUGGACAGACAAAGACUAAACAAUCAGACUCAAACACAGAUAAACAAACACUUACACUUAUGGCAUUCAGAUUAAAUGAGAGAAAAUGCACAGUGUAUUGUAUAUUCCAUGGUAAUAUGUACAUAAAGGAGAUAUCACAUUCUGUAUAAACAAAUAUACCUGAAAUGACUGCACUGCUAUACAGCUGUUGUUUGGCUUCAAAGCACAUUAGAGGUAUUAUGAACUUUUGACACCACCAGACCCUCAGCGUCAUGGAGCACUUUAAACAAACUGCAAGAUGUAGCACUUUUUUUGACAGAAAUCUGAUGUCAUUUUAUAUGCUGACUCAUGACCAGUAACUGAUGUUUCUGUGAAGAGAUGCUAUCCCUCUCUCUCUGAGAGAAAAUGCACUUAUGGGACUUCAUAGAAAUGACCAAAAACUCUUUGACAAGUGAAAGUGAUCUUCUAUUGCUAGUUUCACUUAAGGAUCAUGUCAGUAUGGGACCUACCUGGUAAAGCUGAUCAAAUAAAUUAAGUAUGUGAUAAUUAUCAUUAUCAUGAUAAUUCACAUUCAUAUAUUUACCCAGAUAAUGAGUCUAUGUUGUAGCCUGUCACCUCAUCGAUUUACUCAAAUGUAUUAUUUCAGCAGUUAAAUUUAAGUAAAA